AUGAUUGAAUCCGUACAUACAACAGCCAAAUUGAAUGCAAAUGCGGAUUUUAAUUUGAAUUCGGACGAAAGGAAGGUGGUUAAUGAACUGAAGAAGUAUCUGGGACAAAAAGUGAUCGAUGAAUCCCCCUUAUUCAAUGAUGAUAUGUCCUUGCUGCGAUGGUGUUUGGCAUUCGACAAUAAAUAUGGUAUGGAAAAAGACUGCACCGAAUGGGGAAAGGAAAUGAAGAAGGAGUGUGGCCUUGUGGCGUAAUGGAUAACGCGUCGGACUUCGGAUCCGAAGAUUGCAGGUUCGAGUCCUGUCAGGGUCGAAUCAACUUUUGCUUUUUUUUGGAAAAAAAGUUCUAAAAUACAAAAAUUAUUAAAUUUUUUUGAUUACUAAAUUAUUUGCUUUUCAGAUCUAAUUGUCGAAAAGUAUCAAGACACGAGCAAAACCUUGGCUUCCAUGAAAUUAUAUGACGUUGAAUUCAAUGACGUCGAUGACAUCAACGAGUUCUUUAAGAGUUACCAUGCGACUGCUGAGUAUUAUGCAGGUAACGUUCAACGUCCUAGAAUCUCAAAUUUAGGCGGUCUGGUUGGUCAGGAUAAAGAUGGAGAUUGGAUUUUGUGUCAAGUCAUUGGCCGCGUAAAACCAAAACAAUUUGCUUACUGUGGAAGAGUCAGCGAUCUCUUCAAAGGAACAUUAAUGAGUAACAUCAUCUUGUAUAACUUAGUGAGACAAACUGAGCGAAAGCAAAGCCGACGGUGCGGGAUGAAAUUGAUAUAUGACCUUAAUGGACUUGGCAAAGAACAUUUCUAUCCACCGACUGUCAAAGUUUAUCUGAAUGUACUCAAGCUGGCACAAGUGAGUAACAAAAAAGAGGUAUAUAUUGUUUUAGGACCAUUUCCCCGAAUUGAUGCACCGGGUUUUUAUUAUAAACGCCCCUGGGAUGUUUGCUUCAGCUUACAAUGUCUUCAAGUCAGUCUUGACGACCAGGCUCAGAAAACUUGUCGAGAUUAUGAAUGGCGAUUACAAAGCGAGAGUAUUCGACCAAUUGGGCCAAGAAAACGUAUAUCCAAAUUGGGGAGGGACCAAGAUUCCAAAGAGAGGCCUUCCGGGAUGUGGAACAUUACUGAUGGCUGGGCCGAUUCCAGAACAUUUCAGGUAAUCUUCAUUCAGCUUUUCAGUACUUUAUAUAGACCGUAAUGUAGUCUCAUAAUUUUAGAUACUCCCCAGAGAAGAACCCUCUUCAUGUCAAUGACAAACAACUCAAAAAGAUCUCUGUUCCGCCUCGGCAAGAAAAAGAAGUUCGGAUUCUUGGCCAGAAAGGCCAUAAACUCGUUUGGUUUCUCAAAUCAUCCUCAGAAAUCGACUUCUCCGUAUGGUUGGGAGAGAAGAUUCUGCGACCAAAAUUCAGAAUCCAAACAGAUUUUGUUCCUGAAUUCGAUGAAGUGGAGAUCGACGAAGAUGGAGAGAUUGUGCUCGUAUUUGAUAACAAAUUCAGUACAUUCAGCAAGAAAAGCAUUUAUUACUAUGUUGAUGUGAAACCGAAAGAUUGA